AUGGUGGCCUCAGAAGUGCUAGAGGUGAGCGGCCGUGUUGGUGGUGAGGUCUCCAUCCUCUGCUCCGGUAGCUGGAACAGAGACAGCGGUGCCAAACACAACAGCAUGUAUUUCUGCAAAGGAGUCUGCUCCAGCGAAAGCAUUCUCAUUCAGAGCGAGAGGAGGCGAUCCACCGUCGCAAGUCAAGGGAGAUACAGCAUUAACAAUGGCAGAGAAGAUGGAGCCUUCAAUGUGGCCAUAAAGAAGCUGGAGAAAGCGGACACAGGGAGAUAUCGCUGUGGAGUGGAGAAAACCUUGAAUGUGUUGUAUCGGGAAAUUAAUCUCAUAGUUGUAGAAGCUUCCACUGUUCCCAGAUCUCCUUCCUCCACUACUAUCAUUCCGAACAAAACAGCACUUCUGUCACAUGACAGCUUUACAUCCAGCACCGAGCAAUCACCAGCACCAUCUUCACCCUCAGAUGGAAAGAGAAACAGACAUGAAGCAUCCCGACUCACAGACACUACAAUGGUCAUCAUUGUCUCAGGGAGCUUAGCUCUUCUGGUCUGUGCCAUCAUCCCUGUUAUUUUCUAUGGACACUGGCGGAGUCACACAGGUCCGAACAGAGCUGAAGACAACAAGGAUGAGGGUGAUCAUCGGGAGGAAAAUACAGAUGUUGGAUCUGGUCAGGUUGCAGUGGAGCUGCAGGCCUUUGAGUCAGAUGUUGCUCCAGAGACCGAUGAUAAUUACACCUCCGAAUAUGCUGCCAUCUAUGAGGCACGAGAACCUCAAACCAUGGACUGA